UAUUAUGUACAGUGAGAAAUUUAAUCAUAUUGAAAAGAUAUAUUAUAUUAUAUUUAAAAUCAAAACGGAUAUCGAAAUUAAUAUGUGAAUAGUUUGUUGCAGAACUCAAAUGAACUUUGGUAUAAAAGUAUAUAUUAGGAGACAUUUUGUUUCAGUGCUGCCCUUGUAUAAAUGGUUAAAAUGACGAGAUGGAUAUUAUUAUUUUUUAUAUGUCACUGUUCAACUUCAGCUGAAAGUGAUCCAGUUUGUGCAGCUGAUAGCUUCUGCUCACAGAUUGAGCUAUCAUCGCCAUCAUUUUAUUUUGAAAGACACGUGACAACGGUUGGAAAGCUAGGGUCUAUGAUAUGUCCACCUGAAGAUGAAGAAUUCAAAUUAAAGCUUUUUGAAUGUGACGUGAACAAAUGCAGAUGCAAUAAGUCGUUAUUGUUAUAUAACAAUUGCUUUUUACAUGAAGAAGACUUUCAUGAUAAGUUCGUUAAAUGCACAGAUUGUAAAAACUUCGCCGAACAAUGUGCCUGUGAGUUGCAUAAACACGAUCCUAAAUUUCUAAAAUGUCAUAUUCAUUCACCAAGAGUUUCGACGACGACUUCAAAACCAAAUCCUGGCCUUGCUGUUUUUAUUACUAGUUCAAUAUUUCUCAUUGUGGCAACUAUAGGUGUUUACGUUUAUAAACAUAGGAGAAGACAGAUGCGUCAACUAUAAACAGACACAAAGAAAAGGUUUCACAGAGAAGCUAACAACAGACUUGUGUAACAAAACAAGAUAAAAUUAAUAAAUUAUAACACAUACUUCA